CUAUAUAAACCCAUGUGUCCCCAUUCGACCUGCUCAGUGUUUUAUCGAAACACCACCCAGCUGCCAGCAUGCAUACAUUCCUACUGUGUGCGCUUUUGGGAUGCCUAGCUUCUGCUAUGGCAGCUCCCGCAGACGUCAUAGUGAGAUGGUGCACAAAGUCAGAGGCAGAGCUGAAAAAGUGCAACGACCUUGCCAAGAUAGCGCAGUUGGUCUGCGUAAAGCGCGAGGGGUCGGAUGAGUGUAUCCGAGCUAUCAAAGACAACCAAGCAGAUGCCAUCACCCUUGAUGGCGGAGAUAUCUAUGUAGCCGGGCUUGAAAACAAUGAUCUGCAACCCAUCAUUGCAGAAGAUUAUGGCGCAGAUUCUGACACAUGCUACUACGCAGUUGCGGUGGUGAAGAAAGGUGGUGAUUUCAAUUUCAAGACUCUGCAGGGGAAAAAAUCUUGCCACACUGGUCUUGGAAAGUCUGCUGGUUGGAACAUUCCCAUUGGCACCCUGGUGGCACAGGGGCAGAUCAGUUGGCAAGGCAUUGAGGACAAGCCAGUGGAAGAUGCUGUGAUGGAGUUUUUCUCGGCAAGCUGUGCCCCUGGAGCAAACAAGGACUCCAAACUGUGCAAGCAGUGCAAGGUUGACUGCACCCGCUCCCACAAGGAGCCCUAUUAUGACUACCAUGGUGCUUUCCAGUGUCUUAAAGAUGGAGCUGGGGAUGUAGCAUUUGUGAAGCACCUGACUGUUCCUGAGAAUGAAAAGAAUGACUAUGAGCUUCUGUGUAAGGAUGGCACAAAGAAGAGCAUAGAUGAGUACAAGACUUGCUAUCUGGCAAGAGUGCCAGCCCAUGCAGUGGUCAGUCGUAAGGACCCUGAAUUGGCCAAACGCAUCUUUGAAGUACUAAAGACAAUUGAGACAUCCAAACUCUUCUCUUCUGCGCCUUAUGAAGGCAAGAACCUGAUGUUCAAAGACUCAGCAGAAAAAUUGGUUCAGCUGCCCAGUACCACUGACUCUUUCCUUUACCUGGGAGCUGAAUACAUGAGCAUUAUUCGUUCCCUAAGGAAAGACACCCCUAGCAGUCCUUCAGAUAAAAUUAAUAUUAGGUGGUGUGUCACAAGCAAAGCCGAGGAGGCGAAGUGUGACACCUGGAGUGUGAACAGCAUGGACAGUGUCGUCUGUGAAUCUGCAACAUCUGUGGAUGAAUGCAUCAAGAAGAUCAUGCGCAAGCAGGCUGAUGCCAUUGCCGUUGAUGGAGGAGAGGUGUUUACUGCUGGGAAGUGUGGCUUGGUUCCUGUAAUGGUGGAACAGUACGAUGAAGCUCACUGCAAAACCCCUGGUCCUGCUUCCUCCUACUACGCUGUGGCGGUGGUACGGAAAAACAGUGAUGUCACCUGGGAAACACUCAAGGGCAAGAAAUCAUGCCACACAGCACUGGGUCGUACUGCUGGAUGGAACAUCCCCAUGGGCAAAAUCCACAGUACUACUGGAGAAUGUGACUUCUCUAACUACUUCAGUGCAAGCUGUGCCCCUGGCGCAGAUAAGAGCUCAUCUCUCUGCUCCCUCUGUAUGGGAAGCGGGUCACCUGUUGGUGGGGAGAGCUCCAAAUGUAAGGCAAGUGCAGAAGAAUUGUAUUACAGCUAUGGAGGAGCCUUCAGAUGUCUUGUCGAUGGAAAGGGUGAUGUGGCUUUUGUGAAGCAUACAAUUGUGUCUGAGUAUACUGGUGCAAACAAACCUGCCUGGGCUCAGAAUGUACAAUCAAGUGACUUCAAAUUGAUUGGUCCUGGAUGCUCCGCUGAGAUCGACAAGUAUGAGGAGUGCAACCUGGCUUUAGUACCUGCACAUGCUGUGGUCACUCGUCCAGAGAUGCGAAAAGAUGUGGUGGCAAUACUUAAACAGCAGCAGGUGACCCCAACCUCAGCCGACUUUAAUAUGUUUAAGUCGGCCGAUGGAAAGAACCUCAUCUUCAAAGACAACACAAAAUGUCUCCAGGAAAUUCCAUCUGGUCAGACCUACAGAGACUUUUUGGGUGCUGACUACAUAAAAAUAAUGUCCUCCCUGAGAGAGUGCUCCAGCAGUAUCUCAGAGCUGGAAAAGGCUUGUACGUUCCAUAAAUGCCAGCAGUAAGCAGAGGAGGGAGUGUCCAGAUCAAAAGAGUCCCAGCUCUGACUUCACCUUCAUCUUUUUUGGCUUUCCUUUGUAGAGAAAAUUGGGGAUGGUGUUUCCGUUAUUUUGUGUUUUCAAGAAAACAUGUAUAACUAGUUAAAACUAGAUGUACCGCAUAGCGGUACAAAAUAUGACCGCCGCUCAGUCCUGUACAUCCGUUCCGCGAAAAUAAAUCACACUUCAAUUUGUCUCCAUA